AUCGGUUUUGAUGCCUUCGUUUAUCGCCUCCUGAAAAAAUCCCAUCUCGAUUUUGCAUGUACUUUCUACGAGUCGACAGAUGGAGGACACUUUGCCACUACGCGCUGGCCCUCUGGCACGCUGAAAAGUUUCUCCUGGUCGCGCACGGCGUUUCGUACCUUUUCCCGACACGGAUAGAAAGCACGACUAGCGGCGCAGCUUUCACCGAUGAUCUACUUACACGUGCAGAGGAAAACGAGGAUGACCCGGCCACGUUCUCGUCGCCUCUCCCAAAAAAAAAAGGUGGAGGCGGUCGCGGAGGUACAGCCGCAAGAGCAAAAACGUCCAGGGCGGCGAGCCAUCAAGCCCGCGCCAUCCAGCGCUACACUGCUCGUUACCAGCGGAAGACCACGAUUGUUGAGAAUCUCGCGAAGAACGGGUGGAUUGCAGAGCGCGCCGCCGACAUUGAGCCGACGAUUCUCGCGGGCCUGCAGCACAUCUACCGGAACAUCGAUGGGAAGGAAUGCGACGGACUCAUCCCUGCGGUGCUCGUGCCAGACGGCAGCGCACCGGAUUGCGAGGUGAUCUGCGCGCUGACCGAGCAGUGCGAGGCCUGGCAAUUCUACAACGGCACCUGCUACUGGGGCAACCCGUUCCCCGAGCGCUGCAAAGGCGACCGGGACUUCUAUCCGCCGCGGCCGGCGGGGGAGGUGGAGGAAGAGGCGGACUGGUACAACUCUGAAAAUGGCAGCGCCAGCCUGUGGCCAAAGUUUCGAAGGGACGAGCCGAAGUUUCGGCCGGGAGAUCCGGUCAGCGCGGCGUACAAUAGAAGAGUGGUGGGUGGUCGGUUGCGGUGGUUCGCGUGGAAAUUCGCAAACAGCCGGUGGUACGAGACCUUGCGACUCUACUCGGAAAAGCAGAAGUUAUGGGAUUUUGUGGAACAGUGGGAGAGAGAGCAAACAAAAACAAUAGGGAACGAAAAGGGUUCUUACGGUCAGGUGGAUUCUUCAUCUUUCCUCACUUCCUUCGACCGAAUGCGGCUCGCUUACCGCGUUGGCACGAAUGAGGACAGACAGUCUAUGGAAUUCUGCCAACGAGAGGACAACAAAGAAACCGACUACCCCUGGGCCCGUCACGUGGACGACGGCGCGGAGCUGCGGAAGCAGAAGCUGUCUGAAACCUCCCGGUACUCCCUGCUGCGCCUCCGCAGCGCGAUUCCGGCGCACCUGCGCACGGGGCGGUUUCUGAAUUUUGGCAUUGGACCGUGUCACGUGUCCGACCCGUUGCACCCCUUUUUCCACCAUCAAUUGGUGAGAGAAGAUGCAGAGAAAGUGGAUUCUCCGCCCUUGAAUGGCUUCGGGUUCGAACGCUCUUUCGACGAGUUUGACGAGGAAGAUUUCGCCGCCGUGGGCGUUGAUGUCGCGUCUACUUCCGGCGCAGAAGUGGCACCAGGGAGCAACUACAGGGAAAAAGAUAAAUUCGCAGAAAAUUCAUUUUCAUCAAGCGCCGACGAACAGGCAGAGGACGAGGAGGAAACAGGCCAAGCCGCAAGGCUUCGCAAGGGCUGCAAGUACUACCGGAACACCACAGUGAUUUUUGACACUGUGACGCCAACGAAUUUCCUACCAACGCUGCGCAAUAACGCCCCGGACUGGUUUUCUUCACCGGAAGAUGAGCACGAAGAUCAUGGAGAACUACAAGUUCCUAAAAAUCCGAUUGAGUUCUUCAUUCUGGACAUUGAUUCCCACGACUAUCAAAUUCUUCGGGAAAUGGUGACUUCGAAAAUCCCGGUUCUCGUGUACAUGAUCGAAAUCGCCACCCACUUCCCCCCACCGCUCAAGUACGCAAACGUGUACCAGCCCGAGCAGGUGUCCGAGGCCAGCCGCAAGGUGGAAACCGGCGAGACUGGGAAGCACUCGGUGAAUUUUGAGCUUCUUUCUGGUUUGAGCUUUUCCCUCGCGUUAGACUUGCUGAAAGACACGCACGACUUCUUCAUGUUCCCGGAUAUGGGCGAUGCGGUCUUCACGCACAAGUCGUUGCGGCCGUACUUGGAAAAGGAGUACGGCGUGAGGCUCCCGUUUGAUGAGUUUUUGUGUUUCGCAAAGUCCCAUCUGUGGUUCAUGUACCCGACGGACAUCGUCGCGCAGUGGGGCUUUCUCCGGGGGUUUGACAGUUUGCAUGACAUGCUCCCCUGGGUGUACCGGAAUAUUUCCGCCUCGGUGGAAGAUGGGGUGAACCACCAGUUUAUGCUGUACAUCUAGAUAGAACAAGCGUUCUUGUUUUCGAGUCUGACCAUAGACGCAUAGAAACGGAGUUGCAUCUGGUGCUCAGGAUCUUCGAUUAACAACGAAGUCGUGCUUGAACAGUUCUUACGCGUUGGCUCCGGAUACAUAUCGCCUCGCUUUCGCCGCUCCGUCAUGGUGCGCAACUCCUUUCAUGAACUGAACACGAAAUCCUUGACGCGCAAACGCAAAGCGUGCGAGCUCCCAUCUCAGCGAUGCUGCAGUUUUUUGUUUUCGCUGCGAAAAAA